AUGAGGAACGCUGGCAAGGAGGUGCAGGGCUCCUCACAACGCUACGCCCCGUGCGACUGGUAUUACCACCUGCCAGCCAAGCGCUCCGAGAAGCCCGUGGAUGCCCCCCCAGCGUCCCAGAUCCCAGGGCUCAGCGACCUGGGAGACUCCCCGAGCGGAAACCUGCCAGGAGCUCGGAGAUACUGGAUCAAGGAAACAGACUCGGAGUACGUGAAGCUGGCCAAGCAGGGCGGCAGGCCUGAUCUGUUGAAGCACUUUCCCCCUGGGACCUCGACGAUGGGCACCCCCAUGGCCUACUCCCUGCCUGACUGGUACAUCCACCACAGCAAGCCGCCUACCGCCAUGCAGCGCCCGGUCCCUGUGGUCUCCAUGCCCGACUACAUGGUUUACGAAGAAUUCAACCCUAAGCAGGCCAACGGCAGCUACGAGUCCAGAAGGGGGCCCUUUGACUUCGACAUGAAAACCGUCUGGCAGAGGGAGGCUGAGGAGCUCGAAAAGACCAAAAAGAAGGUCAAGCUACCAGCCAUUCAUCCCAAGAAUCCCAGCAAAGUGGGGACCCCGCCGGGCCCCAAGGAGCCUGCAGGAAGCAGACUGUCCUUCCCUCCCAUGCCUGGCCAAAAAGCCAGUUCACCCACAAACUUUUCCAAACUUAUUAGCAAUGGUUAUAAGGAUGAGUGGUUGCAGCAGCGUGCUGACUCGGACAAGAGGACUGUGAAGGUGGCGGCGACGCGGUCCUCUGCGGAGCCCCAGGGACCAGAGGACACAGAAUCGCGCCAGGAGCCAGAGGUCCCCGAGGGCUCCGAGAGAGUACCAGAUGCUAAGGUGACCACGCCCUUAGGUCGCCCCAGCCACCUGACAGCAGUGCUGGGAGAAGGGGCUGCAAGUGUCGAGAAAAUAGUGGACCACCAUGGAAGAAACAGUGGCCCACUGGUUCCCCCACCCCCCUCGUCCUCCCAUCCUCAGUUCCGAGGGCCCUGGAGGAACUCUGGGGACCCUGCAGCUAGCUCUUUGAAGCACAUUAGCUGUUACCUUCUGCGGCCGGCGUGGACAGAGAAGAGGCUCGCGCACAAGGAUCGGGGCAGAGUUAAGACGCCUCGGCUAGGGCCGCUGACACCACCAGCCCGGGCCAACGCCACCUACUCGGAUAUCGCCCUCAAACUCUUCCAGGCUCCGGCUGUUGGGGGCGCAGCCGGCGCUGGGGCGGCGGGAGCGGCGCCACGGCCCGCGGAGCUUCCCCAGGCACUCCCCGUGCGAAUAGCGGGCGCGCCGGGCGGCGCCAGCGCUUCCUUUGCCGGCUCUGCGCGCUCCGCGGCGGCGGCGGGCCAGGAUGGACGGCGCGGGCCACGGGAGGCCCCCAGGUCUGGACGGUCCCAGAAGUCUGGGGCCGGAGAAGCGGGGGAGCGCUCGUUGCACCUGAGAUCCCCGGACGAGCUGCUCUCUGCCGCGGGCCCCAGGGAGGAGGCUGCACCUGCGGGGCUUUAA